GUCAAUAACGAUAAAAUUCGGUAAUCGCAACGUGGAUUAUUUUUUGAUUUUUUUUCUUUAUACUCUUAUAUUACAUACAUACAUAUACUUUUUUUUCUAAAUUCAAAACUAAAGUAAUAAAAUGAAAAUUAAAUUUUUAUACCAAUAGAAUGAAAAAUUUUUCUAAAUAAAAUUUAUAAAAAAAAAAAUUAAUUGAAAUAAACAAGAAUUUAAAGUGGAAGUUUUUUAAAAGUAUAAAAAAAUAAGAAAAAAAAAAGUUUCUCUUUUUUUUUUUUUACAUACAUUUGUAUAUGGAUGCAUGCAUUAUACAUGGCUACAUGUGUAUGUCGAUAUGAACUACUGCUUUUCUGCCAUUUCAUUUAAGAAAAAAUUUUGUAAUAUUAAUAAUAAAAAAGAAUAUAUUGCACUUAAUAUUCUAUACAACUGUUAAGAAAAAAAAUAAUUAGUUUUUUAUGAAAUUUUUUUUAUCAUUUCAUAAAAAAAAAAAUCAAUUCAAUUUUCAAGUGUUUCUUUCAUUUUUAAAUGUAAAAAUUGAAAAUUGCGUUAUAAAAUCAAAAAAAAAAAAAAAUACUUUAUAUGAGAAAAAAUCUAUAAACAGCAAAUACAUAUGCAAAUAUAACAAACAUAUGUGUAAAAUAUUAUAUAUAUAUAUAUAUAUAUAUAUGUAUAUGCAUUCAACAUACAUAUAGACGUGUACAAUAAUUUUUUGAAUGAUAUUUUUGCGGCCAUUAUAAAUUCAUUUUUUUCUCUUUCUCUCGUUCUUUUUUUUUUGUUUUUCUGUUUUGGAGAAAUUUAAAAUUAUUGACUAUACAAAAUAAUUAAGUAAAUUAAAAAUUAAAUUUUAAAAAAUUAAAAAAAUAAAAACAAAAACUGGAAAAACCAAGAAAUUACUUGGGAUUCGAUUUUGUUAUUUAAAAUAAAGAAAAAAAUUUUCUAAUAAAAAUAAAAUUUUGAAUUUCCCUUUAAAAAUCUUUUUUUUUUAUCUGUGUGUGGACAAACGAGAAAUUUUCGAAACGAAGAAGAAGAAACAAAAGAGGGGAACGUCAUCAUACGUCAAAUUAAUUUUUACGUACAUCAAAAGCACAUUAAAAUAAAAAAAAAAAUUUAAUUUUUAUAAAUGUUUAACAAUAUUUUUUUUAUAUCAUAUUAAUUUGGAUAAAAAAUAUGGAUUUUAUAGCUGAAAUAAUAAGCCAAAAUUAAAGGCAAGCAACGUGAUACUCAUAUGAAUCUGUAUAACACAAAAAAAAAAAAAUAAUCUACAAAAAUAGAAAUAAGAAUUUGCAAAAAAAAAAAUAUUAAAAGUAAUUAAAAAUAACUACAAAAAGAAAUUGGAUUGCCGAAUAUUAUAAAAUAAAGAACAAAGAAAAAUAUACAAAAGAAAAGGAAAGAACGAAAACAAAAUCGAAUAAUAAUAAAAAAAAAGAGCAGGACAACGACAAAAAAAUAAACCAAAUUCAGUUCCUAUAAUUAUUUACAACUGAAAAAAUUAACAAAAUUUUUGGAAUUUACAAUAGAAGAGAGGAAGAAACAGUAACAAAACAGUAAAAAGUAACAGUAACAAAACAGUAAGAUAAAGUAAAAGAAGAACAAAAAUUUCUUUCUUAUGUUCAACAAUAUUUACAUUUAAAAAUAUUUAAAACAAAUUAUACAAAAUAAUAUUAAAGAAAAAAAAAAAAAAACAAAAUGGCUUCCGGUGAUUGUGAUACAAUUGAAUUAGAACCAACAACUUAUCAUAAUAAUAAGACGAAUAAAAAAUUAUCAUUAUUACCGCCAGCAAUGACAACAACAAUAUUAAAAGAUAUUGAUGAAAUCACUGAAUCAAUUGAUUCUGAUGAUCCAAAACAAAAAUAUAAUAUAAAACCAAUAACAAUUAAUAGAUUAAGUUCUAAUACAGAUGAUGAUAAUAAUGAUGAUGGUGGUGGAGGUGGUAGCGGUGUUAGCACUAACAAUAGUAAUCGUAAUAGUGGAACUGGUGAUAAUAUUAUAAAUAUUCCAAAUAGAGGAGGUACUAAUUUUAAUGAUGGUAAUAAUUUAAUUGGUGGUAAUAAUAAUCAAUUAGCAAAUGCUAGUACAACAUUAAUACAUAAUGAAAGAGGACGUCAUGAAAAAGAAAAAAAAUUAGGACAUCGUCGUGUUACACAAGCUGGUGAAAUAACAUAUAAAAAAAUUCAAACAUCACAUAUUAUGGGUUCAAUACAAUUAGGUAUACAACAUACUGUUGGUAGUUUAGCAUCAAAACCAAAACGUGAUCUAUUAAUGAAUGAUUUUUGUGAAAUUGAAACAAUAUCAUUUCCACCAGAUGGUUCAAGUAUAACACCAGCACAUCAUUAUAGUGAUUUUAGAUUUAAAAUUUAUGCACCAAUUGCAUUCCGUUAUUUUAGAGAUUUAUUUGGUAUACAACCAGAUGAUUUUAUGAUAUCAAUGUGUUUAUCACCAUUACGUGAAUUAUCAAAUCCUGGUGCAUCCGGUUCAAUAUUUUAUUUAACUGAUGAUGAUGAAUUUAUAAUAAAAACUGUACAACAUAAAGAAGGUGAAUUUUUACAAAAAUUAUUACCUGGUUAUUAUAUGAAUUUAAAUCAAAAUCCAAGAACAUUAUUACCAAAAUUUUUUGGUUUAUAUUGUUUUCAAUGUAAUAGUAAAAAUGUACGUUUAGUUGCUAUGAAUAAUUUAUUACCAUCAUGUGUUAAAAUGCAUUUAAAAUAUGAUUUAAAAGGAUCAACAUUUAAAAGGAAAGCAUCAAAACAGGAAAGAAAAAAAGAAUCACCAACAUAUAAAGAUUUAGAUUUUAUGGAACAUCAUCCGGAUGGUAUUUAUUUAGAAGCAGAUACAUAUGCCGCUUUAAUGAAAACCAUACAAAGAGAUUGUACUGUUUUAGAAUCAUUUCAAAUAAUGGAUUAUUCUUUACUACUUGGUAUACAUAAUUUAGAAACAGCUUCAAAAGAGAAAUCUGAUCAAAGAUCUCGAACAAUUAGAUUGCAAACAAAUGCAAAAUUUGAUCGAGCUGAAUUAGAUGAUGCUCCAGAAGCUGAUCAAUUCAUGAUGGAACAACAAGAAGAGGCAGCUGCUGCUGCUGCAGCAGCUGCUGAUCGUCAUGCACAUAAACAAAAUCGUGGAAUAAAUCGUAAUAGUUCAAUAUAUAAAUCAUUUAAUAGGCAACGUUUAGUUGCACAUUCAACAGCAAUGGAGAGUAUACAAGCUGAAUCUGAACCAAAUGAUGAAGAUGAUGAUGUACCAAUUGGUGGUAUACCAGCACGUAAUGAAAAGGGUGAACGUUUAUUAUUAUUUAUUGGUAUUAUUGAUAUUUUACAAUCAUAUCGUCUAAUUAAAAAAUUAGAACAUACAUUUAAAAGUAUUAUACAUGAUGGUGAUACAGUAUCAGUAUGCCGACCAUCAUUUUAUGCUCAACGUUUUCAAAAUUUUAUGGCAAAAACUGUAUUCAAAAAAAUUCCAUAUCCAUUAAAACAAUCACCAUCAAAACGUAAAAGCUUAUCAAAAUAUAAUCAAAAUCAAAAACAAGUUGAACAAUCAACAAGCGGAGUAUAUUCAACACCAUCAACUAGUUCACAAUCAUAUCAUCCUUAUUAUCAUCAUCAAGGUCAAAUAAGUGGUACAGGUGGCGUAGGUGGUGGUGGUGGCGGCGGCGGUGGUGGUGGCAGUAGUAGUGGUAGCGGUAUUGGUGGUGGUAUUUCUGGUGAACGUAGUAAUAUUGGAGGUAUUAAUGGAGGUAAUAAUAAUAAUAGUGGUGGUACAUCAUUAAUAAUGCAUAAAAAUACAAUAAGAAUUCCGCCCAAUUCAAGAUAUAGUAAUUCAGCAAAUUCAGCACCAUCAUGUUCAUCAACACCGCCCCCAGCAUUUGAUGAUAUAUCAGAAAAAAGUUUACAAAGAUCAAAUUUUUCAUAUGAUCAGCAACGUAGUCAAGAUUCAUCAGAACAAGGAAAUUCUGAUAUAAAUAACGAUGAAAAUGAUUUACAUAUAACAAAAUAUACAACAAAUAUUAAUAAUAGUAAUAAAAUAACAGAUCCAGAUGCUGUUAGUAUUUCACAAAUUGUUGUCGAAAAAGUUUCUGUACGUGUCGAAAGAACAAUACAUUUAGAUCAAUCAGGGAAUAUAAGAAGAUGACUUUAUCUAGGAUAAGAAAUAUUAUUAAUGAUUGUCAAUUAAUAAUGUGGAAUAUAUGUAAAAAAAAAUAAAACAUGUUAAAAAAAGGAAAAAAAAAAUGAAAACUAAUUGCAAUAACAAAAACCCAUAAAAAAAAAAUAUUUUAUGUUAAUUAAAUAACCAGAAUAUUUUUACAAACUACAUUUAUAUUUUUUAUAAUUCAUUAACAAUUUCAAAACUACUAAUUAAUUACAUUAUUUAUACUAAUAAUUGAAAUUAAAAAUUCAGAUUUACUUUUAAUUAAUAGAAUUCAUGCUUAAAUUUUUCUUU